GAGCGGGACACCGGGAGCGGGAACACCGGCACCCCUCCGCCUCGGGAGCCGCCGGUGCCGGGCCGUGCUGCCCGCCGGCAGCCGCGCCUCCGGUCCGCCUGGGGACGGCGGCACCGGCGGCACCGGGUGCACCGGGGCCUGGCGGGGCGGGAGCGGACGGACCGGGAGCGGGCUGUGCCCCGCCGUGGGGCUCUGUGUCCGCGCUCCUGCCGGGGCCAGGCCCGGCAGUCACCGCCCCGCUCCCGGAUUUUUUGGGAAGCCAGGAGCGGCCUGCCCCCGUCCCAGCAUGGCAGACCAGAAGCGUCUGGCCUUCUCCAUCAUCCAGUUCCUGCACACCCAGCUCCAGAACGGCACCAUGUCUCCAGAUGCUCAGGAGAGUUUGGAAGUGGCCAUCCAGUGCCUGGAAACAGCGUUUGGGGUCUCCAUGGAAGACCAAAGCCUGGCUGUGUCCCAGACCCUUCCCGAAAUAUUUGAAGCCGUGGCGGGGAAGGAGCUGGAGCACUCCAGGACGAACUCGGAGCCCAUCACCCCCUCAGAAGAUGACGUGGCUGAAGCUGAAAGGCUCAAGACUGAAGGAAAUGACCAAAUGAAGGCAGAAAACUUCGAGGCUGCCGUGUCUUUUUAUGGAAAAGCCAUCGAGUUAAACCCAGCCAACGCCGUUUAUUUCUGCAACAGAGCUGCUGCCUACAGCAAGCUGGGGAAUUACGCGGGGGCCGUGCGGGACUGCGAGCGCGCCAUCGGCAUCGACCCCAGCUACAGCAAGGCCUACGGCAGGAUGGGCUUGGCCCUGUCCAGCUUAAACAAACACACAGAAGCUGUUGUUUACUACAAAAAAGCUCUGGAGUUGGAUCCGGACAACGAAACGUACAAAUCCAACCUGAAAAUAGCUGAGCAGAAAAUGAAGGAGACUCCCAGUCCCACCGGCGGCCCCGGAGGGUUCGACUUGGCCGGAUUGCUGAACAACCCCGGCUUCAUGAGCAUGGCCUCCAACCUCAUGAACAACCCCCAAGUACAGCAGCUAAUGUCGGGGAUGAUCUCGGGAGGCCACAACGCCAUGGGAGCGGCCGGGAGCAGCCCCGCCACCAACGACCUGGCCAGCCUGAUCCAGGCGGGCCAGCAGUUCGCGCAGCAGAUGCAGCAGCAGAACCCCGAGCUGAUCGAGCAGCUGCGCAGCCAAAUCCGCAGCCGGACCCCGAGCGCCAGCAACGAGGAGCAGCAGGAGUGAGCCCCUGGGAAUUCCAGAAUUUGCUUUUCCAGCUGGGAGCCACCUCCGUGUUGCCAAUUCUUGACUUGGAAGUGUCCAAGAGGGGGAAAAAACCCAAAACUCCAACGGAUAAAAACCACAAAAAUUCCCAAAUCGUCCCGUGCCCUGCAUGUCCCCGAGAAUUCCCAUUUCCCUCCCUGCUCCUCCCUUUUUCCCCUUUUUUUCCCCCUUUUUUCCCCCUUUUUUCCCCUUUUUUUCCCCUUUUUUCCCCUUUUUUCCCCCUUUUUCCCCCUUUUUUCCCCCUUUUUUCCCCUUUUUUUUCCCCUUUUUUCCCCUUUUCCCCCCCUUUUUUUCCCCCUUUUUCCCCUUUUUUUGGGUUUAUUUUUUGGGUUUUUUCCCUGGCAGCCCCAGCAGAGCUGAACUCAGAAUUCUGCUGGGAAAUUCCCAAAUCCCUGCAGGAUUUGCUGCCUGGGGGGGGUUUUAUUCCCAAUUUUUUUUUGUUUUUUGGAGCAUUUCCAAGCAAAUUCUUUUUUUUUUCCCCCAAUUUUCCCCUCGGGAGCCACUUCCAAGAAGUGUUUGAGUCCCUGCUCGUCCCCAUCCUGGAAUUCCCAGGAUUUUCCAUCUCUGGGAAUGAGGAUUUUGCUCCAAGUCUGGGAUUUUUUGGGAAUUUUGCUGCUUCUCCUCUCCAGGAUCCACGGGGGAGUCAGGACUGAAACUCCCCCCAGGCGUUUUUUGGGGUUUUUCCCAAAAAAAUCUGGAAAAUCCCAUUUUGGUUGUGCAGCAAAAUGGGAAUUUCUCCCAUGGAACGUGAGCAGGGAGGGAGUGAAGGUGUUUUUAGUGUGUUUCAAGGAGUUUUUGCUGAAUUAUUUUGAUUUUUUUUUUAAAUUGCAUGUCGGUGAUCAGCCUGGCUGGGGUGGAGGGAAUCCAAAAUCCCCCUUUGGACCCAAAAUCCAAAUUUGGGCAGGGAGAAGCUCCUGGAGCCGCCUCAAAUCCCAGCUGGGGAGAAACCAGAGGGAAUUUUUUAAAUCCAGAAUGGAUUUAAAUCUGAUUUUUUGGCCCCCGGGGGAGGAGGAGCCCCUCUGGAACGUCGGCGAGACGGAAAAAAUCAUGGAAAAAAGUGAUUUUUUUUGGUCGAGGCUCCGUGGAAUUCGUGUGGUUCGUGUCGCUCGUGAGGAAUAAAAACCAUUUGGACACUUUGGUUGUUA